AUGACUUCUUUACCCAACCAGACCUGUUCGGCCGCGGCCGUCAGAAAGGUCCAGAACGAGAUCCUCGCCGGUCUCCCGCUCAACACUCUCUACGUCGUGCUCUAUGUUCGCACCGACCCUCCCAUCGCCAACGACUUUCACUGGGGUCUCUAUUUUCAUACUGACUACUCCGGUGGCUUCAAGUAUCAUGUGAAAAACCCCAGCACCGAUGGCAAGGGCUGGCUUGCGGAUCACGGCAGAACCGGGGGCCUCUUGAAGUCUAAUCUUCUUUGUGUUGUUAACCAGAUCGCACGCGUCCCUGGCGAUAAAGUCGCUCAAAUCGAUCCAAUCAUGAGGUCCUACGAUGAAAAUCUGAAUGCGAUGCAUGGUAUUACUUGCCGCGUUUGGGUGCUGGCGAUUACACAGAAGCUCAUGGACAAGAGCAUUGUGCAUUGCAGCAGUGUCAAGGACCUGGAGGCGGAGUGCUUGUCAGUGGGGAACGGUUACAUGGUUGAGGCUGUAAACUCUCGCUAG